GGAAGUUUAUUGUAAAUAACUUAAUAAUGCUUUUGAUUGGUGGAAUAAACAUAGCGUUGAUUUUGUAACAGUCUUCAGUUCGAAAGUUUAUUAACUGUAAAAAAAUUAUUUUAAUAAAGCGAAUUCAUUUGAAUAAAAUGAAUUAAUAACUAGAAAGGUUAACAUUUCUUAAAUGAUAAGUUUAAAAAUAAUCUUAAAAUGGAAGCAUACAAAAAGCGUCAAACAUUUAUUUCUUUUAAAAGAAACUUAGUAUCUGGAACACCCGCUGAGAAAAAACUAAAAACUUAUGACAGAAAGCUACAAUUACAAACAGCUAAUAAAUGGAAAGUCUCUACGCUUGCAAAAUAUAAGGCUAAUGAUUGGCUUGAAAUUGAAAGCGUUGACGGAAUAAUUACAGCACUAAAAUGCAAAGUAUGCUGAGAAUAUGCAUCGCAAAUUCAGAUUUUAAAAGGCUACACUCCGGAAUGGAGCUGUGGAAAAGGAUGUAGUCGAUUGCAACAUAGUUCUGCAAUCACGCAUGCAGAGGGAAUGUCUCAUCAGAAGGCUUUUGAGAUUUUUAUGAAAACAAGAGGCAUGAAUUUGUGUGAUCGAAUUGAAAAACUAAACGAGUUGCAGCAGGAAAUGCGGCAAACAGACAUUUUAUCCGGUAUUCAAACCAUGAAUAGUAAAGACUUGGAUUUGACAAAAAAAAAAUUUGAGGUCGCUUACUUUAUAGCAAAAGAAGAACUAUCGCUUUGCCUAUACCCAAAAAUAAUUCAAUUAGAAGAGAAACAUGGUGUAGUUUUUGGUCAGGCUUAUAAAAACGAAAACACAUGCAGAGUAUUUAUUGACUACAUUGCUCUUAGUUUAGCGAUAGAUCUCAAAAAUAAACUAAAUACUCGAAAUUUUUUCACUAUUUUAAUUGACGGUUCUAACGACGUUUCAAUUAAGGAAAAAGAAGCUAUAUUUGCCGUUACUUUUAAUCCGGCUCCAACUGGAAAAUCUGAAGUAAACGUUGAAUGUGAUUUUCUUUCACUUUUGGAUGUUGAGUAUGGAACUUCGCACGGAGUUUUCAAUACCAUAAAAAAGUCACUCGAGAAUAUAGAAGUCGUAAAUUGCAAUAAAAAACUAGUUGGAUUUGGUGCGGAUGGCGCAUCCGUUAACAGAGGGAGCAAGUCGGGCGUUAAAAUGUUGCUCAAGGCUGAAGUCCCCUGGAUCACGUUUGGCUGGUGUGUAGCACAUUGUCUCGAGUUAUCAUUAAAAGAAAAAUUAGGAAAAACAGCCUCAUUCAAUGACGUUGAUUACAUGAUUUUAAAAAUGCAUUACAUUUACAAAAAAUCCCCCAAAAAGUUAAGACAGUUGGGUGAACUCGUUUCUAUUUUAGAAGAUGAUGAAUAUAACAUUGGUGGUUACCGACCUAAGAAAGCCUCCGGUACACGAUGGAUUUCACAUAAAGUUCAGGCUUUAGAAAUGAUUUUAGAUAAAUACGGUGUUUAUUUAACACAUCUGGAAAAUAUUACUGAAGAUAUAACAUUUACCAAUGCUGAAAGAGCUAAGUUUAAAGGAUACCACAAAAAGUGGAUUCAUGCUAGAAUGCCCCUUUAUAUCGCGUUGUUUAUUGAGAUUUUAGCGCCAGCAAAGAUGUUGUCAAAAUGUUUUCAAAGUGAUGAGAUAGAUGUGUUGGCUUCAUCAGGGUUUGUUCAACAAGCUAAAAGCCAUUUAAAUCGUAUUCAAAAAACAAAGUUUAUUAAUUUGCCAACAGUAAAACGUUUUCUCGCCAAAGUGACUGAAAAAGAAGGAAAGUUUUAUUUCCAGGGUGUUGCACUUAACAACUUUGUAAAUGCUAAACAUUUAGUAAAAAAGUCUAAAUCUAUUCAUAUCGAGUUGGUAACAAAUUCAAUCAUAGAGCGUUUGGAAACAAGCGAUACUAUUACUGAUAUGUAUGGUACAAAAGUUUUAAAUACAGAAGGUUGGCUUCAAAGUAUUGAAAAUGAAACAUUCCUGGAUAAGGAAUAGAAAAUCUUUUUGACUUUUAUAGAGCGCCGUUGCGACAUGCUGGUUUUGCAGGAACUGUAAAUGAUGUUUUGGAUGCUUGGCAUAGCUUGGUAAACUACACUGUAAAAUAUUUAGCACCACAUAAUACCGGUUAUCGUAAGUUAUGGCAUCAAAUUUUUUCUAGCUCAAUGAAAAAUGAAUGGGUUCCGGUUUUACUUAUUGUCGAACUAUUAUUUACUUUGCCUGUUUCUAAUGCGAAAGUUGAACGCCUUUUUUCACUAAUGAAUAGAGUAAAAACGGAUACAAGAAACUCUCUGAAAGAGAAACAUUUAGAAAAUUUAAUUCGAGUAAGUUUCGAUGAAAAAGAUUCCAAUUUAUUUGAUUUAAGUUCUGCUAUCGAGUUAUGGACCAAUAAUGCCGUGCGAAGGCCAAAACAAUCAGUAAGAAAAUGCUAUUCCAAAAGAGCAAAAAAAGCAGGAUUAAAAACAUUAAUCGACUUGGAUUCAUCAUCUAACGAAUCAAGUAAUGAAUAGCGCAAAACGAGAUUAUUUUUUCUCACCUUUUUUUAGUUUAAAAAAGUUUUAAUAAUCAAAUAUUGGUUAAAAAGUUCGUUACCUUUUUAUUGUGUCAUUUUUGUUAAAAAACGAUCAUUAUAUAAAAAACAAUUGUUCGAGUCACAAAAAAUAUUUUUACGUCACUUAAAAGGCAACGCGUUGAAGUGAAAAAGUGAAUUAAGAGCUAAGUUUAAAAGUAAAAACUAUAAACGAUAACGCGGACGUACGCUGUUGUAUUCAAAAACCAAUAGCGUUCAGCUAGUGUUCUAAAAAUAGAUUUUUUUAGUACUAAAAGGCAUUAAGGUAAAGAUAUUUUAGAAAAUUGCACAAAAUCAAUAGAAUUUUCUAAAAACGCAAUUUAUUGUAGGUUGAUAGCGGUUAAACAAACAAUUUGACGUCACCUAAACUGUACGCUAUUAAAGAAAAAGUUAAGAAAAAUUUGAUCGUCUGGAUAAUUUUUUGAUCGUCUACUUUAUUACUUUUAUUAUUUCUGCCAAUCAGUGUUGAUCGGCAACCUUCAAAUAAUUAUUUCGAGCGCUGUAAUGGAGCUUAGCAUCAGAAAGCAUUUUUUUACAUCAACUUCUGGCAAUAAUAAAUAGCUGUUUAUUCUUAAGAGUUAUUCUUUUAAAAAAUAUUAAAAAAAAAGAUUAUGAUUUGAUAUAUUUCCACAAGGUGAAAACCAUGAAUUAGAGUGAGGCUUGACUUGGAACCGAUAAGAUAAAAGCUUCUUUCCUGUCUGAAUUCAGGUGGUUAUGUAGGAGGCACAUUUAUCAGCUGAAAGAGAAAAGACAUAAACCCAAAAUCUGUCAUGAUUGAAUCUAGAACAACUAAUUGUAAGUAAAUAAAUAGCACAAUAGAUUGAGAUUUUAACUAGAUGACUCCAAUUUACCAUAUUACUAGCACCAUCUCUUACAAGAAGUUGAUGUCUUUCAAUUGAAGUUUUUCACAUAACCUACAUACUUUCUAACUUUUCAGAUAUGUUUAAUCCACUAUGGUUUUCAGGAAAAUGAAAAGCAUGUAAUACCACAUCAAUUCUUUUAAAAUCUUUAUCAAUGCAGUGGCUUGACAAUAAAAUAAAUGGUUAAUGAGAAAUCAGGCAUCUAGUCCUUAUAUUUGAAAAUAUUAUUGUUUUAUUUUAUGGUAUUGUUGUUUUAGAAAAAUAUUUCUUUUUUGGCAAGCUAUUUCUGGUUUCAUUACAUUAAGUUAUUAAAACCUGUAUCUUAAACUAAAGUAAAUGACUGGUUUUUUAAGAACAUCAACCCAAUUUUACAAAAAAUAAUUUGAGACCUUGAGUCAAUAAUGCUCCUUACCUUUUAUGACUUUAAAUAUUCAUCUAUCAAAGUUUGCUUAGAAGUUUCCAAAACAAUCUCUUUUUUUUCUGUAGUAUCAGUUGACAAAAAUACUGAUGUGAUUUUAUUGACAGGCUGAGCUGUUCCUUUUUGAUUCAUUAGAUGUUUAUUAGAAUUAUUAACUUUAGUUAACCUUUAAAUGAGAUGUUUAUUAGAAUUAACUUUAAUUAACUUUUAAACAAGGUAUUUAUAAGAAUUAUUGACUUUAUUUAACCUUUAAAUAAGAAGUUUGUUAGAACUAUUAACUAUAAUUAACCUUUA